CCCACAAAAACAAAAAAUCGAAAUUCUUGAAUUGUCCGUUGUGCAGAAACGUGAAACCCUCAAACAGUCGUUCCUCUUUCCCUGGUACUGGACUGCAACCCUAUUCCGACUGCUGAUUUCUAAGUUCCAAACUGCUAGUUUCUUCUUCAAACUUCUUAUGAUGAGAAAAUCUCCAUCUCUUCAUCUUCUUUGUGUAGGGAGAGGAACACUCCCCACUUUCAAAUUUUCUUUUACUCUCUUCGAAACCACGCCUCGUAGAAUUCUUCUUUUUGCUUUCUUUUCCCUUUUCCUCUGCGUUUCUUUCUCUCUAUUUUCCUCCCACAACUCAAUCUAUGCAAACCACCUUUCUGUCAACUAUUCUUCUCUUCCUCCUAUCCACCCCACUCGCCUUGCUUCUUCUUCCUUUCAAGAUUUCAUUUUUAUUCAUACUCAAUCUGUUUUGUUGCCGGAUUGGCAGGUUCUUGUCAUUGUCUCGCCGGAGACGGACUCGCAGCUUCUUUCCUGUGGAAAUUUCAUAUGUGUUUAUCCAAACAACGCCACUGCUCCUGCUACUUUCUCUGGGAUCUUGCCUUCCACGAACCAGACCACGUUCAAGUGUCUUCUUCCCCGAAGCACAAGGCGUCGAUUACCCUUUGCGGCUCCGAUAUUAUCGGAUAAGGAAUCGCCUGUUCCUUGGUUGUAUUCGCCACCACAGCAAGAGUUGAUCAGGUGGACAUACCUCGUGUACGAGUCGUUCUCCACGGAGGACGACGUCGUUCUCUUCGUUAAAGGCCUGAACAACCGCCAAGGGCUCAACAGAUCUCCUCGCGAAUUCAAGUGCGUGUUCUUCGUCGAAGAGGCCAAUAACGACAGCGGCACCGUUAAAACCACCGUUACCAGCUCAAUUCAAGAAGUCUUCAGGUGUGGUCAUCCGGAUUUAACGGCGUUUGGUUCCAUCGAUGAGCAUGAUCAUGAUCAUAACCCAAUCAAACUCAAACUCUCAGUGGAAGAAACCACCGCGACGGGGGCGAAGAAGGUAGUUCCUUCCGUGGCGUACUACACCCCUCGGCGCAAGAGAGCAAAAUCACAGCCAAAAUCCCUACUGUGCGCUUCCACCAUGGUCUACAACGUGGGCAAGUUCUUGAGAGAAUGGAUCAUGUACCAUUCAAAGAUUGGCGUUGAGAAGUUCAUAUUAUACGAUAAUGACAGCGAUGAUGAUUUGAUUAGCAUCGUAAAGAAUCUUAAUGAAGAGGGUUAUAACGUAGAGACGCUAUUAUGGCUGUGGCCUAAGACUCAAGAAGCUGGAUUUUCCCACGCUGCUUUAUACGCUAAAGACUCGUGCAAAUGGAUGAUUUAUAUAGAUAUUGAUGAAUUUAUCUUCGCCCCAUCGUGGGAUAAUUCAUCCCAACCGUCUGAUCAAAUGCUAAAAUCUUUACUGCCACCGUCUUCAACCUCCCGUCGCCAUAUGAUUGGAGAAGUUUGGAUAAUGUGCAACGAAUUUGGUCCGUCGAAUCAAAGAUCGCACCCAGCGGAGGGUGUGAUACAAGGGUACACUUGUAGAAGGCGGCUAGAGAACCGGCACAAGUCUAUAGUCCUAUUAGAAGCAAUCGAUGAUUCAUUACUUAACGUGAUACACCAUUUUAGUUUAAACAAGUGUUAUAGAAUGAAGCAGUUGAGCUUGGAAGUUGCUGUGGUGAACCAUUACAAGUACCAAGCGUGGGCGGAGUUUAAGGCCAAGUUUAGGAGAAGGGUAUCGGCGUACGUGGUGGAUUGGAUGAGUUCACUGAACCCAUUGUCAAAGGACAGAACACCAGGGUUAGGGUAUGAAGCAGUGGAGCCACGAGGGUGGGAAAACAAGUUCUGUGAAGUGAGAGAUGAUAGGCUGAAGAUGCUGACAAGGAGAUGGUUUGGUAAGCAAAUGGGAAGUAGAGGAACAUACAGAAUGGCAUGGCAAAGUUGAAAAUUGAAGGAGAGUAGUGGAUCAGCGAGGAAAGGUUCAAGUGAAACCCUAUUGAGCUUUUUUUUUUGUGGUAUGUAAACUAAUAUAGUAUGUGAGGUUGGCCUGCUACUGUUCCAUUAUAUUGGUUCUUGAGUUCCUAACAUAUAACCAAGAAAAUUCUUGAAAUUUUGGGAAGUGGUUUAGUCUUUUAGAACAUGAUGGGAAGGAUUUUAUAUAUUUAUCUGUAAUUUUAGUCGAAUUAAUAAAUAUCAUUGG